AUGACAACCACACACAACCCCGUUGGGGCGACCCAAGCCUCGCCAUCCUCAUCACUGCCCCUCCCCUCCACACCCGUCUACUUCUGGCGCGAGACAGACCCGGACUCGGGCUUCCUCUCCCAAUGGGCCCCCUCCCCGUUCCCGCACCCCGCCAACCCGUCCCUCGUCUUCCGAACCGCCGAGCACUACAUGAUGUACCGCAAGGCCGCCCUCUUCGACCCGUCCCAGGAGGCCGCCAUCCUCGCCGCGACGCACCCGCGCCAGGUCAAGGCUCUCGGGCGCAAGGUCAAGAACUUUGACGCCGCGACGUGGGAGGACCGGCGCGAGGCCAUCGUGACGGAGGGCACGAGGCUCAAGUUUACGACGGGCGCCGGGGCCGCGGAGCGGAGACGCCGGCUGCUGGCUACGGGCACGGGGGAGCUGGUCGAGGCGAGCCCGUUUGACCCCAUCUGGGGCGUCGGGUUUGCGCCGCACGUUGCCCCGACGGUCGAUCGGGAGGCGUGGGGGCUUAAUCUGCUGGGCAAGGCGUUGAUGGUCGUGAGGGACGAGUUGAGGGCGGCGGAGGGUCGGGCGGGCUGA